AUGUUUUCUCAUCAAGAUCGAGACCGCGAUAGGAAGGAGGACGGUGGUGGAGACGGUACUGAGAUGAAAUCCAAGAGUCGGAGUCAGCCAAGUGGACUUAAUCGCGUGAAAAAUCUUUCAAGAAAGCUAUCGGCAAAGUCAAGAAAGGAACGCAAGGACCGCGAUAGCACAGACAACAGUUCGAAAAUGUCGUCUCCAGGAGGAGAAACGUCGACGAAGCAGCAACAAGAGCUCAAAGCUCAAAUCAAAAUCGGACAUUACAUUCUCAAGGAGACACUCGGAGUUGGUACUUUUGGUAAAGUAAAAGUUGGAAUCCAUGAGACAACUCAAUACAAAGUGGCUGUCAAGAUUCUGAACCGUCAGAAGAUCAAGUCACUGGAUGUCGUUGGAAAGAUUCGCCGCGAAAUCCAAAACCUCUCGCUCUUCCGCCAUCCGCAUAUCAUCCGCCUCUACCAAGUCAUCAGUACACCUUCUGACAUUUUCAUGAUUAUGGAGCACGUUUCCGGCGGGGAGCUCUUUGACUACAUUGUUAAGCACGGACGGCUGAAGACCGCAGAAGCUCGUCGCUUCUUUCAACAAAUCAUUUCCGGCGUUGACUACUGUCAUCGUCAUAUGGUUGUCCAUAGAGAUUUGAAGCCAGAGAAUUUGUUGCUCGAUGAGCAGAACAAUGUGAAGAUUGCGGACUUUGGACUUUCAAAUAUUAUGACGGAUGGUGACUUCUUACGCACCAGCUGCGGAUCGCCAAAUUAUGCUGCCCCUGAGGUUAUUAGCGGAAAGUUGUACGCAGGUCCCGAAGUUGAUGUAUGGUCGUGUGGAGUCAUUUUGUAUGCACUUCUUUGUGGAACCCUGCCAUUUGAUGAUGAGCACGUGCCAAGUCUUUUCAGAAAAAUUAAAUCUGGCGUAUUCCCAACUCCAGACUUUCUGGAGCGCCCAAUUGUAAAUCUGCUUCACCAUAUGCUCUGCGUAGACCCGAUGAAGAGGGCCACCAUCAAGGACGUCAUUGCUCACGAGUGGUUCCAGAAGGAUUUGCCGAACUACUUGUUCCCACCAAUCAACGAGAGUGAGGCUUCCAUUGUUGAUAUUGAGGCUGUCCGAGAGGUCACUGAGUUUCAGCGCUAUCAUGUCGCCGAAGAGGAAGUCACCUCAGCAUUGCUGGGAGAUGAUCCACAUCACCAUUUGUCGAUUGCAUAUAACUUGAUUGUUGAUAACAAGAGAAUUGCCGAUGAGACUGCCAAGUUGUCAAUUGAGGAGUUUUAUCAAGUGACGCCGAAUAAGGGACCUGGACCAGUUCAUCGCCAUCCAGAGCGCAUUGCAGCGUCAGUCAGCAGCAAGAUCACACCAACUCUCGACAACACGGAAGCCAGUGGCGCGAACCGCAACAAACGUGCCAAGUGGCAUCUGGGUAUCCGAUCCCAAAGUCGUCCGGAAGACAUCAUGUUCGAGGUGUUCCGUGCGAUGAAGCAGCUGGACAUGGAGUGGAAGGUGCUCAACCCAUAUCAUGUGAUUGUUCGUCGCAAGCCUGAUGCACCCGCUGCCGACCCGCCAAAGAUGUCGUUGCAGUUGUACCAAGUGGAUCAGAGAAGUUACUUGUUGGAUUUCAAGAGUUUGGCCGACGAGGAGUCUGGAUCCGCCAGUGCAUCUUCAUCCCGACACGCAUCAAUGUCUAUGCCGCAGAAGCCGGCCGGAAUUCGUGGAACUAGAACGUCAAGCAUGCCACAGGCGAUGAGUAUGGAGGCGAGUAUUGAGAAAAUGGAAGUGCAUGAUUUUUCGGACAUGUCGUGCGAUGUGACACCACCACCAUCUCCUGGAGGAGCUAAGCUUUCCCAGACUAUGCAAUUCUUUGAGAUUUGCGCCGCAUUGAUUGGAACACUGGCUCGUUAAGCACUCCUUGAUGCCAACAAUGCUCUGUGUAAAAUUCAACUUUUCUGUCUCAAAAUUUAUUUCUUCCAUUCCUUGUAUUAAGCUUGAAACCCCCGUUUCUUAUAUUGGUUCACUUUGUUGCAGCUUACAGUAUCUUUGUAUUUUUUUUCUUGACUCUGUUUGGUUUUGCCCCUCCCCCCUUCACCUCCGUAAAUGCCACGUAUUUUAAUUGAUGCUAUUCUAGUGCCGCUUUCAUUUUCAGCCAAUUUUGACAAGUAACCAUACAAAUAAUUAUUUAAAGUUAUGACUUGACUUGUCACCCCCUUUGUUUCUGUGAAUAGAUUUUCCUUCAGCGAGUGAUUGUUUCUGUUUUUUAUAUGUUUCUCUUCAGUAGUUUUUUUUUCUGUCUUUUAAACUCCCCUUCUCCUACUUCUUUGUGUCUAUUGUAAGUAAAAUAUUAAUUGAAUAAUUUCCUACCCAAAAUUAUUCAAUUAUUCUCAUGUAAAUUUUUAUUUUAAGACACAACAUUGCAAUGGUAACUUUAAAACAAGAAAAAACAAAUUCAGAAA